AAGAACACUGUAAAAGAGGAAUUUUUUUUCAAAUAAUUUUGAUCGUUGUCAUGAUCCAGGUUUGGUACAGAGCUAAUCAGACGAUCCAGGUUUGGUACAGAGCUAAUCAGACGAUCCAGGUUUGGUACAGAGCUAACCAGACGAUCCAGGUUUGGUACAGAGCUAACCAGACGAUCCAGGUUUGGUACAGAGCUAACCAUACGAUCCAGGUUUGGUACAGAGCUAACCAUACGAUCCAGGUUUGGCACAGAGCUAACCAUACGAUCCAGGUUUGGCACAGAGCUAACCAGACGAUCCAGGUUUAGUACAGAGCUAACCAGACAAUCCAGGUGUGGUACAGAGCUAACCAGAUGAUCCAGGCUGCCAACACACGAAAGUAUUUUGCCAGAAAUGUCUACAUACAUACGAUUAUAGAAACUGUCAACUUCAUCAUAGUGCUAGUUAUGUAGUGGACAUAGUUAAAUUCCGUCUUCCAAGCUUGAGGAUAUGAAGAUUGCAAGCUGAAAGUUGUACAGAAAUAGAUGUGUAAACAUGAAUCACUAUAAAGGCAAAAGAAAAACAAAGACAUCAACUUACCUUUCAAAUGGAAGAAACAUGGAGGAUAAAAAUGUAGAUUAUUUACAAGGAAAGGGAACUAUAUCAAAACUGUUUCCUCUUUUUGGAUUUAUUACAAUUGAAAAUACAUGUGAUGAAACAGUUUAUUUUGAUGCAUUCUGUUUUGAAGAUGGUAAAACAGAAAAACUUUUGGAUUUACCACUUAAGGUAGGACAGGAAGUAACUUUUCUUGCAAAUAAGGGAUGUGAUGGUAGUAAUGCAAAGUAUCGUGCUUACCGUGUAUGGAGACCCGAGUACCAUAAGAUAUUUAGUAGUGAUGGUUUGUUAGGAAGGAAGUCUACAUUUAGUUUAAGUAGCAGCAGCAAUCUCUCAAACGUCUCUUGCCAAGACUCGGAUAUAUUGAUAACUGGUUCAGAAAAACCUAAUUAUUAUACUUCAAGUACCUUUUCAUCUUCUUCGACUGUGAGUGAAAAAUGUGCAUCAAAUACUUGCCAAGAACCUAAGAAACUCACAGAACACAAUGGGAAAAUUUAUCCUAAAGGGGAAAAAAAAGCCCAAAUAAUAUUUGGAACACCAGAAGAAUGUGUUUUGGUUAUAAAUGAUAUUGUUUUUUACAACCAAAAUCCAGUUACAAAUUUAAUAUGGCAUAUUGAUGAUGGAGAACGUGUUAAUUUUGAUGCAAUUGAGACUGAUAGUUUUCAUGGUUUUCGUUGGAUUGCCACCAUUGUUUGGAUAGGAAAUCGACCAAAAUGUUCCUUGACCGAUGACCUUAAAAACAAAGAUAAUAUGGAAAAAUUAAUUAAGAAAUAUUCGUGCAUUUUUGAAAGCAAGUGUAAUUUUUCCAGUUCAUUGACAUGUUCGGCAGAUGAGAAUAAAGGGUUUGAAAAUAAAGAUGCUGGUCUCUCAGUGAAUGAUGCAUGUUCCUGUACUUCUUCAGGUUUCUCUGAGGAUGAGAAUGAAAACAAUCAUGUGAGCAACUGCCAAGUAGAAAACUCUUCAAGGUACAGGAAGAAGUCAAGGAGUGACUAUGUUUCUGGUAGACUUCACAAGAAGUUUCAAAAAGAAAAUACACAAACAAUAAGAGAACAGUAUUUAAAUAGUAGCUGCAAGAAAGAUCAGUUAGUCACAUUCCAGAAGUUAUCUGAAGGUGUAUUAGAUUUAAAAGAAAAAUAUGUUGAAGAUGUAUAUGGGUUAAAAAAAGAUGUUAAGAACAUACCUGGGUUGACAGAUGAAAAUGUUAAGGAUAUACCUGGGUUAACAGAAGAAGAAAAUGUUAAGGAUAUACCUGGGUUAAUGGAAGAAAAUGUUAAGGAUAUAUCUGGGUUAACAGAAGAAAAUGUUAAUGAUAUAUAUGGGUUAACAGAUGAAAAUGUUAAGGAUAUACCUGGGUUAACAGAAGAAAAUGUUAAUGAUGUAUCUGAGUUAACAGAAGAAAAUGUUAAGGACGUACCUGGGUUAACAGAAGAAAAUGUUACGUAUAUACCUGGGUUAAUGAAAGAAAAUCUUAAGGACGUAUUGGAGCCAUCUGUGGAGCUGUUCCAAAGAGUGCUAAAGCAUCAUCCUAACAUAGAUGAAGCAGUUAGUGUGUUCUACACUAUUACAAGCUGUAAAAGUGAAAUAGCUCACAAACCACCCCUAACCAAAUAUAGCCCAUUUAUUGUAAACAUAAAUGGAGAAAAUAAAAUAGGGGAAGUUACUGAAGAGGCUAAAUUAAUAAAAAUCAGAACUAUAGAUUUGAAACAUAAUACAUCAAAAAGUAAUGCUCAAAAAGUUAAGUGUCCACUUUUGAAAAAUAUUACUUUUGGAACUGGAACUGUGAAGAGUGUUAAUGAAUGUUUUGUCUGUUUGAACAUAAAAGAUUCAGUUGCACCUGUUUUUUUGAGUAAAAUUUAUGUUGAUGGAAAAGAAGUGAGUAAAACUAACAGAAAUUUGAAAAGUAUUUUUAAAGAAAAUGAACUUGUAUACUUUUCUUAUAUACAUGCUUUUUUGAGUAACAAUUCCGAGUGGGCUUAUGUAUAUCUUGUGUGGAAAGGACUAAAACCCAAACAAUUUGUUGAGCCUACGGUAGAAGAGUUUCUUGAAAAGUUGGGGUUCAGGAACAUUCUGUUGGGGAGCGAGAUAAUAUCGCACCACAAACAAGAGGAACAAGACCACUGUGGACAUAAAGGUUUACAUUCUCAAUUAUUUUAA